UGCAAUCACGAGACGACCAGAUAUCGCGUCUGAGGUCGAUUCUCGAUCGAUCGUCUGUUCCGUUAGUAGUUUAUCAUCAGACUUGCGCGGGUAAACAUGGCAAUUCGAAAAGGAAGAAACUCUGCAGGAACAAAGGAUUGUAUCAGAUUUAAGAGCACGCUUCACAAUCGGCACACUGCAUCUACGAAUUACUUUUUCGUACUUCCUAUUCAUGAUAAAAAUAAGUAUUACAAGCAAUGUAACCGCCAACUUCAUUGCGAGUGGAAAAAAAUCCGAAAGGCUGAGUUGAAAAAACUGGAAACAACUGGUACAUUGCCCGAGUAUAUCAUUUUAAGUUCUGGAAAUUCCGAUCGAUGUAAGGUCAUUACGUACUGUUCCCUGUCAAAAAUUCCAUCCUGUGCCAAGCGCUGCUUAUUAGAAGUGAUCGUAAAAGACGAUGAAUGUUUUUAUUUAAAUAUGGAGAACGUGUUUAUUGCGACGAAGGAUCUGCAAGUCUUGAGUGUGAAAAUCAAAUAUGAUUUCUAUCAAAGUGGAUUUGUGCCUGGAACACGAAAGUACAAAAUUCUUGAUUAUGGUUUUUGUUACGAGGCGAGAGAAGAACUUCCCGAAAUGAUUAAAAAACUCAUUAUAACUACAAACCCGAAAGAAUGGAUAGCAAAAGAGCAAGAGAGGCUGAAUGAGGAUCUCUAUUAUCAGCGCCAGCAUUACUACUACUACUAUUAUUACAAUGAAGAUGAAGAUGACGAUUCAUACUAUCAAGAUCGCCUUGCUCGCAAACGAGUUUUGUACGAUGGACCACCCCCUCCAACUUCGAAGGAACCGUAUGUCGUUACACCAAUCCAUCACCAUCCAGAGCUUAAGGAGCAAUGUGUUCGCUUGAUUAAUUCUGAGUGGUCCAGAUCACGCAUGGCCCGAUUUUGGGGCUUUGAAUCGUCGACCGAUACGCUCCCAAUUACGCUUAUUUUAGGUAAGGUUUAUAACUCCAGGUAGUUGCCAAUUCUGUCGAAAUGUAAAUUUUAAUGAGCAGUAUAAAAAUUCAAGUAGGGGUGACAUUGGGUCUGGGGGGUGAGACUGGGUCAUACAAAUUUCAGCAUUUUUGUUUAAUACCCAUAUUGGCCAAACUCGUAUGGUUCGGUAAUAAGUGUGCCAAGUGUGUCUGAGCUGCAUGACAAUCGUCCGCCUGCGCCAUACACUUAAAUUUACCAGAUUAUUUUCCGAGUGGGAUCCUUAAUGAAUCAUCCCUAAGAACUCUAGGGGGGUGACACUUCGGUUAUGCCAGAGCUGGAAUCUCUAGCACGGAGCCAGAACCGAGCUGGAACCAAGGGGGUUGACACUCGAUCAUUCUGAAAUAAUUCUGGGUUAAUUCUGGAAUGAACGGAAUGACGAUGAUGAUUCAAGUGCGAAGUGAUCAAGUGCGGGUAAGAGAGUAACUGUCAUAAUAUUGCGCGUAUUCCCGAAAAAGCCACGCGGCAUACCAGCCUCGAAACGACGCGCCGCACUUUCAGCAAAUGCGCGCUGUCAAAUCCCAUUCUGCGCGUUUUGUUUUUGUUGGUCUUCUUCUUCGAAUUACAUGGCAUUGUUGCCGGGUAUGUUUUUUAUUGCACCAAAAGUGCAGAAAAUCGCUGGCAAUAGUGUCUGCGGCACAUUCUGAAAUGCCGUGCGGCGUGUACCUUUGAGCGAAACGGACAAUAUUUAUCUUUUUAAACCAAAACAUGUUGCGGUGCUCUGCAGCAUAGGGGGAUGGCGUCGCUUUUUUUUUUUUUUUUUUGAAAUUAAUUAUGUCUUUAUUGAACUUUCUUAUAAUAAUUACAUUUCUUUUACAUGCUAAGUGGUAUGGUCUAAUGCUCUUCAUCUUUGUUGUAUUUUUCGUUUUAUUAUUAACUGAUCACAUUUAUUUUAUUUGCUUCAAAUUGUUUUACAUUAUUGCAUUGAAUCGAAUACAUUUGGGUAAAAAAGAAAAAAAAAGUCACUUUAACAACUAAUCCUAACUUAAAACUAAAAAAAAUAAAUUCAUUGAAAUAUUCAAAAUCAUUAGAACGAGUAAACUACGAACUGUAUUUUAAGAUGAAUGUUCCAAGCGUUCUUACUUGUUCCUGACGAGUUUUGCAACCACGCAGUGUUGUUGUCACCUCAAUGAAAAUGUUCAAUAGUUCUUGUGGUGAAAACAGGUCACUACUGCCUUCACCCGUUGAUGUUGGUUGGUUUUCCCUCGGUUGCUGACUGAAGCCUGGAGGUGUUGUAUUCUCUGCAACUCUUUGCCGCUGAUUCAACGGCAAUGGCUGCAGAUUUGGAACCACUCGAACAGAUCCUGCUACUGGCGACGCCAAAGCAGGAAAAUCCACGUCCGUGUAUGCUGGUGGUGUUUUGCGACGAUUUGGUUGAUGCCUCGUCGUCACUUGCUGCCGAAUUUUUACAAACUCAGCUCGUUUUGGGCAGCUUCGAUUCUUGGUCGAAUGGUCGCCGCCGCAAUUGAAGCAUUUCGCUUCGCUGUUCUCGUUGAUUGUUUCGCAAGCUUGAGUUUUGUGCUCACCUCCACAGGUUGCACAACGACUCUUGAUGAAACAGUUCCUUCCACCAUGUCCAAACUGCAAACUGUUCGAACACUGUGUCACGUCACGGUGCACUGGACGAUAACGUUCCCAAGUCACGAUGAUGUUGAAAACUGCCCGAACUGCUUUCAGCUCAGACGGCGUUGUCGAUCCUUUCUCGAUAUGAACCAGGUAAGUUGAUCACGAUACUUGAUGUCCUUGUUGUGUCUCGUCAUCUUGAAGACUUCGAUCACGUUCAACUUCAGAGUUUUGAGCUCUUCUUUCAGCACACUCACAUCCAUGUCGUACAGGCCUCGGAGGACCUGUUUCAUGGGGCGUUUACCUGAAUCGUCAUGACUGUAGUAUUCAAUCUUUGUGUUGUUCAGGAAAUCCCGAACGUAGUAUUAAUCCUUUCUGGAAGGUAGCAGAAUUUUGAGUCCAUCAGCACACAAGCGAAUGGAAGCUCGUAAAGCACCAGAUUUGAUAAACCCGGUCAGCCACUUUCGCACCGAAUCCGAUGACGAUGUUUUCACAAAAAUGGGUGGCAACUUUUCCCGUCGUUCAAAUUCUUCCUUCUCGCUUACGUCCACAGGGAGGGUAGCGAACUGGUUUCCAGACGAACUUUGAGCGUCCUUGCUCAAACUGCCUGGCUUUGCAGGUAGCGCUUCGGCAUUCUUUAGCUUCUUCAAAUCUGCCGAUCCUGCUGGUGAGGACCGCCUCUUUUUCUUGCCGUGAGGCAUUUUUUGCACUUUUAAAGCACUUUUCAGGAGCUAAUAUUCAGGAGUACCUCACUGAUCGGUGGUCCACAAGGUAGUGGCUAUUUUA